AUGAAGGUUCUUCUUUGGAACUGUCGGGGAGCGGGGAAGCCUUCCUUUCGGCCGGCCUUCCGUAGGUUAGUGAGUUUGCAUGACCCAGAUGUUUGUGUUUUGCUUGAGACCCGACUGUCGGGAUCUAGUUUGGAACGAGCUAGGCGUGCCAUCCCGCGAUCAUGGGGGACAUAUGCGGUGGACUCUUGGGGCCUCUCAGGGGGCAUCAUUGUGUUAUGGAGGUUGGGGGGUGUUGGCAUUGAUGUCUUCCACAAGUGCAACCAACAGGUGAUCCUGGUUAUUUCUGAGGGGGCUGGGCCUCCGUGGGUCAUUUUAGCCACAUAUGCCAGUACAAACCAUCGGGAGAGGAGAGUCUUGUGGGAGGAGGCCACCAGCCUCAUUCAGCUUGGCCACCCUGUGAUGAUGGCAGGGGACUUCAAUUGCAUUGACAGCCCGAAGGACAAGAGAGGGGGUAAGGUCUUCUCCAACAACAUUGAGGUUAGAGAGUUCCAGGACUUUAUCCAGUCUAAUGGGCUGGCUGAUCUUGGUUUCACUGGUCCGCACUUCACUUGGUGCAACAACAGGCUGGGGAUGGCACGUGUUUGGGAGCGGAUUGACCGAGUGUAUGCGAUGCCCGGAUGGCUUCAGAGAUUUCCGGACUUCUUGGUGCGCCACCUGCCCAGGAUUGCUUCUGACCAUUGCCCAGUAUUGGUGAGUACCCCUUAUACCUUUCCAGUUCAUUGUCCUUUUCGCUUUGAGAAGGUAUGGUUGUCUUACCCACGGUCGUGGGAGGUGGUGAGAGAGGCGUGGCAGAUGCCGGUUAGGGGGGAUGUGAUGUAUAGGGUUACCCGGAAACUUGAGCAACCAGACGCCGAUUGCAACGGUGGAAUAAGGAGGAGGUUGGGAAUAUCUUCAGGAGGGUGGAGGAGACGGAGGCAUCCAUUACCAGGAGGUGUUUUGGAGGCAAAAGUCCAGAUCCAGUGGAUUAGGGAGGGGGAUCGGAAUACCAGGUUCUUUCACCAGUCGACCAUCAUCAGGAGACAUCGGAACCGGAUUGGCCGGAUUAGGGAUAGCAGUGGGCGGGUGUCUGAGGAUCAGGAGACAGUCAGGAGGAUCUUGGUGCAGUUUUUUCGUGAUAGAUGGACCGAGUCUGGAGGUACAGAUGGAGGUGCAUGCGGAUCGGUACCAGGGAGGCAGGUGUCAGUGGAGGAGAACGCAGCUUUGGUUAGUCCAGUGUCCGGGGAUGAGGUACAGGCGGCCCUUUGGUCUUUGGGCGAGGACAGAGCCCCGGGCCCAGAUGGCUUCCCCCCUAUCUUUUUCAGGAGGUAUUGGCACAUAGUCAAACAGGAGGUGACUGCGACAGUCCAGCAGUUUUUUGUGUCGACAGCGAUGCCUGUGGAGUGGAGGAGGACUUUCAUUACACUGAUUCCGAAGAGACAGGAUCUUGUUGAGCCGAGCCACUACAAACCGAUCAGCUUGUGCACCCCCCUGUAUAAGGUGGUGGCGAGGGUACUAGUCCAGAGGAUGAGGGGUAUCCUACCCAGACUCAUUUGCCCUGAGCAGGGGGCUUUCAUUGAGGGGCGUUCCAUUUCGGAUAACGUCCUCAUUGCUCAUGAGUUCAUGGCUGACCUCUAG